GUUGCCAUAGUAACGAGCCCUACAAGGGAGGGGUUAGUAUGUGGGCCUGUACUAAGGGAGGAGUCCGGGGGGGUGCUGGCUCCGCCUCCGGCGGUAUAGGUGGCAGCAGCAGGUGCCCGGCGGCGCUAUAGUAUCAGCAGCAAUGCCGCUAGCUUCCAAACCGGUGUCUGCCGUAGGCAGCGUCCCGCUCCAUACAGCCGCCCUGCGGGCCUACCUGCAGCUCCUGCACAGCCGGCCCGUACUCACCAAGGCGCUGACCAGUGGAAUACUGUCGGCGUUGGCAAACCUUCUGUCACAGUACAUAGAGAGGAGGCGCAGAUCUCAAUCUUCAGUGAAAAACGUCAACCUGGUUGCACCUCUACGUUUUGCUGCAUAUGGACUCUUCUUCACAGGACCACUGUCUCACUACUUCUACCUGUUCCUGGAACAAUCGAUCCCUUCCUCUGUGCCACUAGCUGGACUCCGUCGCCUUCUGCUUGACCGAUUAAUCGUUGCCCCAGCUUUCCUGCUCCUCUUUUUCAUUGUGAUGAAUUUUUUAGAAGGAAAAGACCUGAACAUACUAAAUCAGAAGCUGAAGGAUAGUUAUUGGUCAGCAUUAAAGAUGAAUUGGAAAGUCUGGACGCCAUUUCAGUACAUCAAUGUAAACUACGUUCCUGUGCAGUUCCGGGUGCUGUUCGCUAACUUGGUAGCGUUCUUCUGGUAUACAUACCUGGCUUCCACCAGAAAAUGACAUUCAUUUCGCUUCCACACUUUAUAUAGAACUUUUGAGAAAAUAAAGUGUCAGCAACUGAUCAUACGAAGCUUCCCACCAUCACAGAAAUUAAACAGUUUCUAAACAGUAUAUUUUAAUAAUUGUACUUAAUUGGGUCAGUAACAUUUUACGUUGUAAUAAUGACUAACACAGAUGUUGAAAUAUUGAAUAACAAUAACAGUCUAUCUGUACAGGGGCUUUUCAAACUCCUGUGAGAACUUCACUGAUUAAAAAAAAAAAAAGCCAGGGUAUAUUAUUUUAUAGUCCGUAAUUAAGCAAAUGACCUACUGUUUAUUAUCUUUUAAUCAGUAAUUCAGCAAGUGACCUACUGGUAUAAAAAAAGGAAGGGUUGAGGGGUUGGCGGAAUAGUCAAAAAGCUACGUUUGCUUCAUGGUAGCUGUAGUCUCUAUGCAAACAAAGGUGGUUUGGAAAAUUUCUGACAUUAAAUCCAUUUUAAGACCUACCUACUUGGAUACUGGUAACCUUUUGUGUAUUAUGGUAUUACUAAGUCAUCACUACUUUGAAAUACCUUAAUUGUUUUAUGCGCACAUUCCUUUGUCAGUCUCUUUUUACCAAUCUGGACGCAAUAGAGCAGUGUUUUCUCCUCUCACUAUUUUUUGAGGGGGGGGGGGGGGGGCUUGGUAGAUCUAGCAAUGCUUCACAAUUGUAGGUAAAAGAUACAUAACCUGUGGGGUGCCUAUGCAUGGGCAUGUGCUUUUCUCUGCAGUUUAUCAGCUAUUUGCCAACUACUGGAUUCCUGUCCACUGAACUAUGACUGUUCAAAUGUUAAAACAAUAUUGCUUUUGUUAAUCAGUGUAGGAUUUAAAUAGGACCUUUGCACUCUGGACUAGUGUUCUAGUAUUUUUAAUAUAUUUUUGUUCUCUCUGGUGCUUUGCACCCUUUUUGCUUUUUCAUUAUGAAGUCAAUAUGACAUUGUUUUUCUUUGAAUAAAAGAUUCAAUGUUA